AGGAGCCUUCUCAGUCCACUCCUCACUGCUCACCUUUGUCGGCAAGGUGAGCCCCUCCUCCCCUUGGCAAAGUGUCAGUGGGAAUGGGAAACAUGAGUCCUCCUCCUGGUCACCUGAGCUGAGCAGCUGAAUGUUUCAUGGACUCACACAGCACCAGAUCCUGGACCAGGACACACGCUCCACCGGCAGAACUUGCACAGGUGAUGAUUACAAGAUGUCUGAGGGAAAGCAGCGAGCUAUGUCCGCCUCGGGGGAGUCCCUGUACCUGCUUCUGGGUCUGGAGCAGGGAUGCAGCCAUGAGGACGUCAAGAAGUCAUACAGGAAGCUGGCAUUGCGUUACCAUCCGGACAAGAACCCGGACCACCCAGAGGCGGCUGAGAAGUUCAAGGAGGUGAACAGCGCCCACGCCGUCCUGUCCGACCCCACCAAGAGGAACAUCUAUGACUCUUACGGCUCUCUGGGGCUCUAUGUGGCUCAGCAGUUUGGAGAAGAUAACGUCAAUACCUACUUCAUGCUGUCCACCUGGUGGGCCAAGGGGCUUUUUGCACUCUGUGGCGUCCUGACAGGAUUUUACUGCUGCUGCUGCCUCUGCUGUUGCUGUAACUGCUGCUGUGGACAACUCAAAGCCACGCCCCCUGACGAGGGGGCGGAGCCACACUAUGUCUCCCCUGAUGACCUGGAGGAGGAGAUCGGUGACCAGCCCAGUAACGAUGUCGACGCAGCCGUCGUUCAUCAGCCGACAAACGCCAGUGAGAAAACUCAGCUGAUCUCCGAUGGACGCCACAGAUAUGGCGACACAUACACAUGA